AUGGGCCUCCAGUCCGCCGUUGCUGCUCCUCCAACAAAGGAAACGACUGUUGCUUCUUUCACUUCGCUGCUGUGGACGCAAACACCGAAGUAAAAAAAAAAACAGCGAGUUGAGUGAAAGUUGACAAAUUUACUUUUAUUUUUUUUGCGCAAUUACGCGCGAACUUUACGCGCACGGUGCCUUUUGUGUCAAGUUGUGUCUCCCAGCUGAACGUCUGGUCCUUUACCUGCACUGUGUAGUUUAGGUGAGAGCAGCUCAGGUAGGGUGUGGGUGGAUGUGUGAGGAUGGUGGAGAGCCGGAGCUGCGUCCAGAGGGAGGGGGUGUACCGCUGGUUCUCCUCCCUCACCUCAGCCCAGAGAGCGGAGUUCCUGUGCGGCCUGCUGGACCUCUGCGUCCCCAUCGAGCUGCGCUUCCUGGGCUCCUGCCUGGAGGACUUGGCCCGCAAGGACUACCACUCUCUGCGGGAUGCGGAGAUCAAAGCCAACAACCCCGCGGACCUGUCGGGCCUCACCAACAUCACGGACGAGGUGGUGCGCAGCAAACUGCUCGUGUCGCUCGCCCUGCUCGGCUCGGACAACCGGGAGGCGGCCGGGGUCCUGUACCGGACCCUGACCCACAUAGACACGGUGAUCAAUAACUACGGCUUGGCGCUGAACGACGGCAGGACGGAGGAGCAGUUCCUGCUGCUGUUCACCAUGGCCUCCAACCACCCGGCCUUCAGCUUCCACCAGAAGCAGGUGCUGCGGCAGCAGCUGAGCCAGAUCCAGGACAUCCUGCAGGCGAGCAGCAGCAGCAGCAGCAGCAGUGGAGGAGGAGGAGGAGGAGGAGGAGGAGGAAGCAGCGAGGUCCAGGCAGCAGCAGCAGCAGCAGCCGGCGGUGAUCGAGCUGCCGUCUGCUACGCUCAACCUCAUCACGGCUACCAGCACCCGACCGACGUCAGCGCCGCCUACCUGCCCUGCAACGCUCAGUGCAGCUGCUGGAACAAGAACCAGACCAGAGAGGCCGGAUCAGGAUCAGCCGACCAACAGAUCAACCAGGAGCUCGCCUCACCUCCUCCUCACCCAGACCUCCGUCCUCCCCCGCCUCCGCCUCCUCCUCCUCCUCCUCCUCCGCCUCCCCCUCUGCCGCCCCCUCCUCACCUGCCUCCUUCGCUCCCUGCUGGACAAAGCCAGGAUGCAGCAGCUCUGACCAAGAGCCACCAGUCGAAAGCAGGAAAAGCUGUGAUUGAGAGGCUGCUGCUGAGAGGAGUGACGGCCAAGUCAGAGGACAGCAGCGAAUAUGUGUUCGAGGUGAGCUGGUCCGACGGUUUGGUGAUAUCUGUGGUCAGAACCCAGCAGGAGGUGGCAGAUCUGAUGUCCCAGCUGUCGCAGGUGUUUCCUGAUGACGGACUGGACAAGUUCCUCCCUCAGUCCACAGAACUGGACCCCAGGUGUCUGACAGCUCUGCCCGGCCAUGUCCUCCAGCACCACAGCGUCCAGAUGUUCUUCACCUCCGCCAGGCCUCUGUCGCCCAGCUGUCCCUCCUCUCCACCCUCGUCCCUUCCUGCCGCUCCCGUCGCCCCGACCUGCCCGCUCACCUCCGGCUCCAAUCUCGGCUGUAUGGUGCAGUACAGAGGAGCCAACAGGGCGGUGUACCGAGUGGCCAGCGUCCAGCCCGUCGUCAGCACCCACAGCUCCGUCUCCACUCGCUCCACUCCUCACCUCGCCUCCCUCCCGCCUCCCCAGCACUCCCCCCAGCUCUCCUCCCUGCCUCCCCCAGGACCGUCCCUGCCCGCCUCCUCCCAGUCUCACCCCCAGCAGUACUCCCAGCACCACCUCCACCCGCAAACCAGCAGCCAGCCCAGUACGCAGCCUCAGCCCCUGCACCUGUCCCAUUCCCAGUCACAUUCCCGAUCCCAGUCCCACCCACAGCCGCCAUCCCAGUCCCAGCCCGGCGCUCCGGAGCAGAACGGCAUCCUGGACUGGCUCCGCAGGCUGCGGCUGCACAAGUAUUACCCCGUCUUCAAGCAGCUCACCAUGGAGGAGUUUUUAGCGCUGACGGAGGAGGACCUGAACAAGUACGACCUGACCCAAGGAGCUAAGAAGAAACUGAAGACCCAGCUGGAGCUACAGAAGUCAGCCGAGGAGAUGAAGAUGGAGAAGCGUUUGUGCAGCGGUAUCGCCAGGGUGACGCCUUCCAGCCACAUGGGACCUCCGGCUCACCAAAGCGCCGCCGCUGCAGGAGAGCUUCGGGUGGAGGUGGACGGAGCGUCGUCGCACCAUCACCCCGUCUCGGCAGACAGCAGCUCGUCGUCGGGCUACUCCAGCUCGUCCUGCUCCCCUCGAACGCCUCACUGCUGCGACGCCUUCGACAGAACCAGAGAGCUGCACAGACGUGUGUCGGGUCCAGACGCAGCAGCUGCAGCAGCUCCAGAGAAGGACCGGUCCUGCCUCUUCAUCCUGAACUCCAGCUGCUCCAGUCGGCCCACUGCCCAGGUCCUUCCCGUCCAGACCGACCCGGCUCCUCCCCUGCCUCCCUCCUGCUCCUCCCACCUCCCCUUCGGCCUCCCCCAGCCGCCCUACCAGCCCACCUACCCCCAGACGCUGCUCUCCCCUGCAUCCAACCCGGCCCGCAUCCUGGCCUCACCGCGCAAGCCCCGCCCCCCUCCGCUGUGCACAGAGGACCGGACUAAGCCGCUGGGUUCGGGCCUCCCGGCGGCCGGGCCGGGCUUCGGGGUGGGGGUCUGA